GACCGUCACCAUAAUGUAUGUAAAUAAAGAUAAAAAUAAACAAAUUUCCUUUUUGCCGAAAGGGCAAAUUAAUAAGUAUGGAUUUAACUUAGUUUAUAUUAUUUUUACUAUCUUUAAUUUAUUGCUACAGGUUGCACUAUUAUGCCCAAAGUAUUUGAUAACGUACAAUUUGGUUUUGCUGCUUGUAGAAUCGGAAUGAGGAAGUGCUGGCAGUGGCUCAGCUGCUAUCGGCCGGUUAUUAUCAUUAGAGAUCAAUAUCAAAUUUUAUGCAUCGGUUUGGAAGGUUCCGGGAAAACUACUGCAUUAGCAACCUUAGUUGGAGAAUCAGUAAAUGAUAUAGAGCCUACUACAGGUUUCAACAUUAAAACCUUACCUUUAAAAGAUACAGUUGUGGAUAUAAAAGAAUUAGGAGGCUCAGAAGUGAUUCGGCCUUUUUGGAGUAAAUAUUUUGAAGGGCAGCAUGGUAUUCUGUAUGUUAUCAAUGCAGCUGCUAGUGAGGAAAUGUUAAAACAGUCAUCAAAAAUUUUACAGGAAACUCUUCAAAACAGCUCUUUAAAAGGUCUUCCCUGUGUUAUUCUUGCAACUCAUCAAGAUGUUGAAGGCUCAAAAUCUCACCAAGAAAUAUUGCAUCUUUUCCAAGGAGUUUUACAUGGAAGAAAAUGGCAAGUGCACAUGUGUGGUUUUCAGGAUCGGGAUGGAGUGCAAUCAAGCUUAGAAAACCUUGUUGACUUAAUGACUGGAAUAUCAUGACCAUAAUAAUGUGACAAUACACACCUCUUUAUUUAUUUUCUCAAAUUUAUGUUACCAUUUAGCUUUCUACUUAAUUUUUUCUUUGCAUACAUUGCUAUUAUAUCCAAAAUUUUUUUAUAUUUAUUUUAGGGAUGAAGAUGCAUAUUUUAAAAAUGAUAAUUCAAAAUUAUUUAGCAUAAUAAUAAACUUAUUUUAAGAAAAUUUUAUAAAUUUUUUAGAAAUUAAAGUUACUGCUGCUAUAAUGAUAACUUAUUUAGAAUUUUAAUUUACUUAGAGUACAAUAUUUAAGGCAUUAUUUCUCAUUCAUAAUUAAAAGAUAAAGCCUUUUUGGGCUAAAGUCUCUAUCAUCUCAAUUUUUGUAGCCUUUGGGUUUAGGAUGUCAAUUUCUACCUUUCAUUUAUUUAUAAAAGCCAACUUCAAAUUCAUUUUAUUAAUUACAAUUAGGGUCAGCAAUAAUUCUGUUUAUGUGAUAUAGUGUGUAUAAAUAAAAUUACAAAUUUUUUUUUUUUGCCAGUGGAAAAAAAUCUAAAUGAAAUGCAAGCAACAGAAUAACAAAAGACAAAUUUAAAACAAUCAUGGUGAUUUCAGCAUAGUCUGCUGUUACUGAAGAAUAUAAAUAGGACAUUUAAAUUAUAUUGGAUAGGGACUCAUUGUUAGUAAAAAAGAACCUGAAAAUUUGUAUAUCUUGUAUAAAGCAUACUUUCGAAAUUCUUGUGGAAUUGCUGGACGGAAAUAAAUAGUUUUUAUUUAAUUUCCUUAAAAUAGUUUUUUUGUUUGUUUAAACCUGUGCUUUGUUUUAAAUUUAAACUGGUAGUUAUUUUUGUUUUUAAAAGUUGAUAUAAAUGAUAAUCCAUGUGCUAAUUCAGUAGUAAUUAUAUAAUUUAAAUUUAUUUCAUGGAAAUUCUUUUCAAAACCUAAUUAUUUUUAACAGUAUAAAUAAAUAUUUCAAAAAGAUUCAUUGCUAAAAUAAUCAUCAAUUAAUUUCAAAAUUAAAAAUUUACUUAAAUAAAGAUAUAAAAAUAUAUAAUUAUAAUAAUAAAAAAAUGAUUGGUUCAAUGAGAAAAAUUAAAAUAAUUAAAAAAAUAAACAGGCAUUUUUUUUUCAAAGAUAAUUUGGUUUAAACCGUAUGGGUUAAAACUAACCAACCCUGUUUAUAGUACUGCAGUAUGAACUUUAAGUCUUUGCACAGGUAAGAUAUAAA